AUGAGUCCAACUAUCCGUUCUACUUCCAUACCUACGGAGGCUCGUGAGUAUCGAUCCACGACGCCCCUUCAUAUGGAUCGUAUGGAUCACGGCAUCCAAAAGCACCGAAGGAUGUCAUCCACUGGUGGAGGCAGAGCGUGGACUGAGGAAGAGGAAUCUUACCUCCUAAGAACUCGCAUGCACAAGAUGCCUUACAAACAUAUUGCGGCACACUUGAACAAAACUGAACUUGCUUGUCGCCUCCACUAUCACCAGAUGUCAUAUGGCAGCAACCGACGGCGACGCACAGAUUCUGUGUCCUCCAUUAGUUCGUUUCCCGGGCUGCCAACAACACAGGAAUGCCCCAUCGACUACAAAUCGUCAGCACGCAUGACCACCCCACGACUUACCCCUAGUCCUGAAUCAAUGAUCAAUUCACCAACAUCUUCUGUAACCGAUUCUCCCCAACAAUCUCGCUCACAUGUGCCUAUUCUCCCGAAACCAAAUAUCUCACCACGCCACUCCAUGUACUCUAUACCCGCAGACCUAUCUAGAUCACUCCGAUUGGAUACCUCGUUUGUCCAUCACAGCGACUCUCGUUCCGCCCCUUUCGAUCACUCAGACGACAUUGACACCGUCCGGCUCCGUGCGCUAUAUGAUACCUACCGUGGAUCAUUCUGGUCUCAAAUUGCUUCAGAGUACUCCAAAGAGCGUAGUUUCUCGGCAAGCAAACUUGAAUUGUCAUUUUUCCACGGAAUAUUUAAAUCCUAUAGCGGCCGUGUUGCGUCUCCACCAACCCCUGGCCUCAGCCCGCAAAAUGAAAUCUGUGAACUCCAGAAGGAAGCACUCAGCGCUCCUGAACUUUCAUCUGAUGGUGGAUUCCAUGCCAUCAACGGACCGGCCCCAUCGGCGGUUGCAGAACUCAACACUGCUAUCAAUGUUCCUAGCCCGGUCGAGAAAUGCGCCGUGGCAUCAUUGCUGACCGUCGAACGGGACGUGUGGGCUGCGAAAAGAAUCACGACUGCAUAA